GAUUCCUGAAGCAGUGCAACGCUCAACACACUACUAGAUCCAAGUCCAGGAGCUGCUUUCAACCGUCUUGUUUUUGCUGCGAGCGGUUUUGCCUUUUUCAUCUUCCUCCUCAUCCCUCUCCCUCCAGCUCCGUCUGGUUUUUGCCUGUCCGCCGCGCCGCCACCAUGACGGAGUCGACGGCGACGUCGCUGUCCCCGACUGACAGCGACUACAACUCGUUUCCCCAGAUCCCCACCAAGAGGGUGCUCGUUACGGGCGGCGCCGGCUUUAUCGGCUCACACCUCAUCGACAUUCUCAUGCAGAACGUAAGCCUGAAAAAGAGAGCAAAACAGCACAGCGAGGGAGACCAACACGGGCAGAAAACACACACACCAACUGGGGAAAGGCGUGACUGUCUCGGUUUUUGUCUGGUCGGGGUGUGGUGUGUGGUUGUGUUGACCCAGGGCAACGACGUGAUAUGUGCUGACAGUUACUUCAGCGGCUCCAAGGAGAACGUGGCCAAGUGGAUCGGGCACCCCAAGUUCGAGCUGAUGCGGCACGACGUCACGCAGCCCCUCCUGGUGGAGGUCGACCAGAUAUACCACCUCGCUUGCCCCGCCUCGCCAGUGCACUACCAACACAACGCCAUCAAGACCCUCAAAACAAACGUACGUACGCCUGCCACACAGACGCAACACAUUGAGGAGGGAGGGAGGGAGGAAGGGGGAGACGUUGAUGGGCUCGUUCUCUGUUGUUCUGGUGUUGGGUAUGUGUGUGUGGUCCUGGUGUGUUCAGGUGUUGGGUACGUUGAACGUGUUGGGUUUGGCCAAGCGGACGGGCGCCCGGCUGCUGCUGUCCUCCACGUCAGAGGUCUACGGCGACCCCGAAGUCCACCCACAGGUACACAACGCAACACACACAUCGACAGAGAGAGAGACGGCGCGCGCGCGCGCGAGAGAGAGAGAGAGAGAGAGAGAUGGAAGCCUUUCUACCCGCCUGUCUGCCUGUGUGUUGUGUGUCGUGUUUGUGGUGUUAGGUGGAGGAGUACAACGGCAAUGUCAACUGUGUGGGUCGGCGGUCGUGCUACGACGAGGGCAAGCGGUGCGCCGAGGCGCUCUGCAUGGACUACCACAGACAGCACCACGUCGACAUCCGCAUCGCGCGCAUCUUCAACACCUACGGCCCAAGGAUGUUCUUCCACGUACCCCACCAACACACACUCAAUGAAUGACACGCGGACCUUUGUGGUGGUGUGUGUGUGUGUGUGAGUGUAGGACGGUCGUGUGGUGUCCAACUUCAUCGUCCAGGCCCUCAGGGUAGGGUAGCCCACCACCGGCCGCACAGGGCACCACACAAACGCAAAACGCACUGACUACCGUGUUGUGUUGUGUGUGUCAUCAGGGCGAGUCUCUGCCGAUCUACGGCGACGGUCUGCAGACGCGCAGCUUCUGCUACGUCGAGGACCUUGCCAGGGGACUCCUGCUGCUCAUGAACUGUACGCGACCCACACACACAUACCAUGACACCACACGGUUCGUCUGUGGUGUGGUGGUGUGUGUGUGUGUGUGUGCAGGCGACUACAUCGGCCCCAUCAACAUCGGCAACCCUGUGGAGUUCACCAUCAAGGAGCUGGCCGAAAAGGUGCGCGCCAAGGUCAACCCAAAACUCAAAAUCGAAUACAGACAGUAAGCCACCGCCCGUCCGUCCAUCCAUCCGACCGCCGUCGUGCAUCUGUCUGAUGUGUGAAUUUGUGUGUGUGUCGGCGUCCUCAGGAUGCCCAAGGACGACCCGAAGCGCCGCCAGCCAGAGAUCACCAAGGUGAGUGGCCAAGGCACAUGUGUGUGGUUGUGUGGCUUCAUGAGUUGGUUGACGCCUGGGAUGCAGGCGCGCAAGAUCCUGGGUUGGGAGCCGCGUGUGCACCUGGACGAGGGCCUCCAGCGCACCGUCGAUGACUUCAAGAGCCGCGCACAGGCAAACCCAAAGGUUAGUAGCUCACCCCCAUCCAGGUCACGACACCACACACGACACUCAUAUUCUCCCUGUCUCUAUAUGUGUGUGUGUGUGUGUGUUGACGAGCAGAAUCUGUUUAUCAUGCACCAGACCGAGGCCAAGCCGGUCGACGACGACGACGAGGCAGAGCAGCAGCCGCCCGCCAGCAAAACCAUGGUGGGUGGGCGACUGACUGAGUUGUUUGAGCGAGAGGGGCAAAGAAAGCGACCUGAUAGAUACCCCUCCUCUCCUCUCCUCUCCUCUCUCUCUUCAGGAUGGCAGUUAUGGGGCUGGCGAGGGCGGCCCCAGCGUCGUGGAGGCGGGCGCGUAGAGGGCCGCGUGACACCCACACCGACAGACACCCAUACACACGGCGGACAAUCGAACCACCCUUUUGUGGAUGGAAGAGUGCGUGUGUCGGGGGGCUGUGGAGUGUGUGGGAAGUGUUGUCGGCCGAUGGAUGAUGGAUGGAUGGAUGGAUGGACGGUUGGGGGGGCUGGUGCCGGGCAAAGGAGGGAUAGCUAGACGGCGGACAGGCAGAUCAUCGACUCUCUCUGACGUAAUUAGCUUGGUCUUCUUGGCGCGAACGAGGUGGGGAGACGGAGAACUGAUUAUUGCUGGUAUGGUGGCAUAUUGCACACGUACGCACGCAGAGAGAGAGAGGUGGGUCUGAGAUGAGAUGCGCG